GAUGAUUUUCAUCGGUGACUGAUUCGCAGCGGUGAAACAUUUUUGUUGUAUCUAGGGAAGGAAUAGUAAUGUAAGUGUUGACUUGAAAUUUGCCAAAGAAAAAGUCGCUACACAAUGCAUACGUACAGUGUGCCGAUAGUGAAGCAUGAUAUGCGCCAUGAGGAAACUAUCCUCGACGCGAUCAAUGCCUUUCAACAUCUCAAUCAGGUAAUCGAGGAUGUGUUCGGGAAAAUCAACGCACGCAUUGACCAGAAUCGAUCCCGACUGCAAGCGCUGGACGCCAGGGUUGAGAAGGUGAACGAAGACGUCCGUCGAUUGCACGACACGAAGGAAGCCAUCAUCAUCUACUCUCCCAGCCGGUAUCCGGCCAGCGAUAUGGAUUCCGCCCUGGAACCGACGUUCACUCCGACCAACGGAAUCGGUAUGCCGGAGUGCAACUACCGCUUGAAGGAUAAACCAUACAUUCCAUCACACACGCUGCUGGAGAAGAUACAAUUCUACCAUGUGAAAUCUCCCCGUGAAAAUGAACGAAUCUUUCCGUUUGAUCGGACAACAAAUCUCGCGAACAAAGUGCCGACUGGGCGCCAGAUGGGAGCGUAUUUAGACACGCUGCUACUGUUCAACGAAGACACGUACGUUGAUGAGUAUAGGGGACAAGAUUGGAAACGAUCGUCACGCAAAGAUUCGUCUCACGGAAGUACGAUUCGUGAGGAGAAAAUCUUAUCCUCCUCGUCACCGAUCAUUCGCAGUCGGAUGAAGAAGAAGAGUCAGGACAUUUUCUACACACCUUCACUGAGCGACGCUCCUAAACUGGACGUGCCGAUAGAUUUACCGGAUCUACCGGGUAUCGUAAGCAACAUAAACUAUGUGGGCAACAGCACCCUGAUUGCGCCAUCACUUCAGCUAGCGGGAAUCAUCGAACAAUUGCCUUCACUUGAGGAUCUUACCAGUGCGAUUGACGUAGCAGACCAUUUGGAGGAGACGGAUAACAAGAAAGCCAACCAGGUACCUCCGGCGGAGACAAGUAGUAUGCCAAGCAUCGCAAUAAAUACACCGGCACUUCCACCACCCCCUCCGCCUCCUCCUCCACCACCACCGCCCCCACCUCCUCCGACAGAACCUAACAAAACACAUGAAUCUACCACGGAACCGAAACCAACAUCUGCCGACAUUACGGAAAAGAGCAAAACCGAUCGUAAACCACCACCACCCUCGACCGGUGAUGCACACUUUAACUUGAUGGAAGCAAUCCGACAGGCUGGUGGUGCGGGAAAAGCGAACCUUCGCCAUAACGACCCCUCCGGCCGGCGGGAGACAGACAGCAAAGCCGGCACAACCGAACCGAAAAGUCUCAUCGAUGAUCUUCAUAACAAGCUUCAAAUGCGCCGCAAAGGAAUAUCCGGUACCCGCGAUGCGCAGGAACCUAGCAAUGUCAUCGACCGUCUGUCCGCCCUGAUUCCUCCGCCACCGGCAAGGCUCGCCACGGAUGCAUCGGCUAGCGAAAGCAAUGAAGAAGACUGGGAAUGAGCGAAAAGUGUCCUUCAUAUGUUUUUUAUUGUUAAAUAUUACAAGGGCUUGGAACUUGUAUCCAAUAUAUGUACGGGGAAGCCGUCAGGUCCGGAUGAGGGUUGAGUCUAAAAUAUAAUAAAUCUCUCCAAACCAACGUGCAUUCGAUUA